GCUGAGGGUUGGGACAGGAACAGUCCGUUCCGGCGUUCCGCCGUUUCUCGUCAGUUCAGUAUCAGCUGGUGUUCCGCCGCGCUGCAAUACUCUCUUGGCGCGAGAUAAAUAGUGUUUAAGUGGUUCUCAGAUCAUGGUUUUAAAAAAUUUGUAGGUAUAAUAUUGUAGAACACAUGUAAUAUAUUACAAGUUCAAAUUAUUAGUUAAUUUCUAAAAUGACGAUAUUUUAUCGGUAGUGAAAUGAGCAGGAGUUUAAAUUGUUUGUUUGUGGUUAUUCUCAACUGGACGGUGGUUAACAGCAAUAUAGACCUGGACUCUCCUAUCAGACUUGCUCACUGCAGGGCUACUUGUUUAUAUAAGAUUCAAAUUACUAUCACUUCAGACCAGGUCUGCCGGUCUUCCUUCAAUUGCACACAGUGUUGGGAGACCUGUGAGGUGUUGCUACGGGACAGAUCGCCUUGUAACCAGAAGCACUGUGGUGUGGGUUGUAAGGAAGCUUGCCGCUUCCCACUGCUGAGCCGCUCAAGCGCUGAGUUGCCCCAGAACGAAGAGGCGCUGCUGCUGAGUGACUCACACGUGUCGUGGCCAAGUACUGCUGCCGUGUACGUGGUGAUGGGUCAGCAGAGCGGGCGACCUUGGACUCAGCUGCUGCAGACCCUGGAUUCCAGCGCCCCCAUACCUCCGGACUUGGAUCUGGAGUCAGUGCGGGUGCUGGAGGUCCAAUGGCAGGGACUCACCAAGGUGUACAGUCCGCCACCCGAGUCACCCAUUGUCCAGUUGGAAGCCGUACUCCGCAGUUUAGGCUUGGACGAUAAGAUGAUCGUUGCGAGUACGGAAACUUCAGAGACACCAUUACCUCAGAACGUGACAUCAUCGUGGAACCUAAGGGUGGAAUCGAUGACUCAGCAGUUUCCUCUGGCGAUAACCCGGAUCUGCUGGCUGGCCAGAGAGGCAGCCACGAACUCCCUGAUGUACCUGGUCACGUGGCAGCUGUGGGAGGGGAUUCUGCGGGGGAACCUCCUCACCAACUCCUCAUGCGCCACUCUGUCCUUGCGGCCCGAUGCCAUCUACCGAGUACAGGUGGCCUUACUCAGUCCAGGAUCUCACGAAGGCGAAAGUGAGCCUUUAGUUGUAGACACACACCUCGUCCACACUGAGGACUCCAGUGUCCUCUCGAGUCACGUGACCACUCUAGGGCUCGGACAACACGUCACUCUGACACACCACGGACAACACGUCAGUCUGACACAGUCGCCAGACCCAGGGACCCAGCUCGUGGUGGGGGUGGCAGCAGCAGUCAUCGUGUUCCUAGUUUUGACCCUCAGCCUUACCUGGAGGUGGCGUCACCGGCUCUCGCUGCCUCACACGAAACUGAUAGACGAAGACUUAGUGACUCCUAAUAUUUAUAGAGUUUACCCACCAGCGAUCAGGCUGGUUGCAGAACGUGCAGAUUCCAGACACAUCUUUUCAGAUACAACCAGCCUUCUUCAAGACUAAAUAAACCGGGACUGUCCACAUUUUUGCAUUCAUCGUUGACAUAUUUAUAUAAAAUUAGCAUAUUAGUACCGAAAAAUCCAAGUCCAUACGUUAGAUCCAAAUCUGUAUAUGGGUAGCUCUAAUUCAUCCCCUGGAUUAACGUUAAAUUACACAACUAUCGCCUACUUGACGAGUGUGUUGGGCAAAUUAUAGAGAAGUAUUUUGCAUAAAGUACUUUAGUACUUAAUCGCGGAUAGCAGGUGGUGUGAAGAAAUAUAUUUUAAAAUUAGUUUUUCAAUUAAACAAACAUAUUUACACGAAGUUCAAACAGUUUCAUCAAUAACAAUGAAAGUAUUCCAAAUCUUUAAUAUUUCUUUGUAAUCAACGCUAAUAUUAAGAAUAAUUUUACUCCGCAUAUAAAUGAUAAUAAAAAUAGUUGUAAUGCAAAUUACGAUGACAAAGGAUAAAUUGUUUUGUGCGUGGUAAAAUAAAUUUGUUUUUAUUUUUGAAUUGCAAAAUAUUUGAAUCCUUUGUACAAUAACUACUGUGAAACAUCUAAAUUCUUGUAUUUGUGGAUUUUUAUGUUGUAGCUGUAACAUUUGUGAAUGCUUUCGUAACAAUUAGUAUCCAUAAAAAUUGCCAAAAGACAAAAUAAAUUAAAAUCUGUACAACAAAUCGUUACUGUAAUGGGGAUUGUAUAAACAAGUAAUACUGUGUUACAGUAUUACUAAAACCUAGAGUCAUUACUUAAAUUUAAGUUACUAUUACUGAAUGUUUACUAUUUUAUUAUUACGUUGUAUUUAAUUUAAGCUUGUACUUUUAUCCUAAUUGUCAGUGUUUCUAGUCAUUAUAAAAUAAUUUUCAAUGUGUUGUGUACAUUUUAGUAACAAUUUAUCCUUCAAUGUUACUAUUAUAAUAGGUGUACCAUUAUGAGAAUUGGAAGUUUUUUAUAUACUCUUUAUUUAUUUUGUUUUAGGAAGUUGAAAUAAAGAUGUUUUAUAAAAUUGGA